AUGGUAUCUCCAGGUAGCGGGUUCGCCCUCGUGGCUCCUGCCUCGAAAGGACUGGGAUUCGCCUUUGCCCAACAGCUGCUGUCUCACACGAACCUACCCGUCAUCGCAACUGCGAGAAGGGAAUGUGAUGAAGUCCAAGAUAGCCUGUUAAAAGCAGCCAAGAGCCGAUCUGAUGACCCAAGAGAGCGACUGAGGGUUUUGCAAAUGGACGUGACUGAUGAAUCAACCAUUCAAGCAAUGGCCUCACAUAUUCGACGAGAGUAUCCAGACGCUGCUCUCCGUAUAGCUAUCACCGUUCCUGGAAUCCUACACGUCGAAAAAUCACCAUCGCAAAUUGAUGCUGCCAGCGCUCUAAAUAGCUACAAGGUCAACGCUCUCGGCCCCAUGCUGCUGAUGAAGCACCUGGCACCCUUUUUGCCUACCAAGUCUUCGAAGCCCUUUCUGGUAGACCCAAAGCCUCGAGAGGACGAUUGCUCUUGGAAACUCCCAUCACAUGCCAUAUACGCCAUGAUGGCUGCGCGAGUAGGCUCAAUUUCGGACAACGCAACUGGAGGCUGGUACUCGUAUCGUGCCAGUAAGGCAUCUGUUUUCCAAAUAGCGAAAACCUUUGACUUAUAUCUACGCACUCGGAGCAAUGACCGGGCAUUAGCGGUAGCGAUGCACCCCGGUACCGUCCAGACGGACUUCACGAAGGAAUACUGGGAUGGACGAAACAUGUUACAGCCUCUCGACUCUGCUAAUAGGCUGCUUCAAUUCUUGUGUACAAUGAGGCCCGGCAACAAUGACGGGCGAGGUCGAUGUUGGGAUUGGAAAGGAGAGGAGGUUCUCCCAUGA